AUGAUAUCACCAUCAAAAAAGAGAACCAUUUUAUCAAGCAAGAAUAUAAACCAAAAACCACGAGCAGUGGUAAAAGGCAAUGAACUUCGUUCACCAUCAAAGAGAAGGUCACAAAUAGACACAGACUAUGCACUAAGGCGAAGUCCAAUAAAGACAAUCCAAAUUUCUAAAGCUGCACAAUUUAUGCUGUAUGAGGAAACGGCUGAAGAAAGAAACAUAGCUGUCCACAGACAUAAUGAAAUAUACAAUAAUAACAAUUCUGUGAGCAAUGAGAAUAAUCCUUCCCAAGUAAAAGAAAACCUUUCACCCGCUAAAAUUUGCCCUUAUGAAAGAGCAUUUUUAAGGGAAGGAGGAAGAAUUGCAUUGAAGGACUUAAGUGUUGACGAAUUCAAAGGUUACAUACAGGAUCCUCUCACCGAUGAGACUAUACCACUGACGUUGCCACUGGGUGAUAAAAAAAUCAGCCUACCCAGUUUUAUAACGCCGCCAAGAAAUUCGAAGAUAUCUAUUUUCUUCACUAGUAAACACCAAGGACAGAACCCAGAGACAAAGAUAUCCCGUUCUACCGAUGACGUCAGUGAAAAAAAAGUAGUGAGAAAACUGUCCUUCCACGUCUAUGAAGAUGAGUAA